UUUGAUGCAAUCGGACUCGAUCACCGCAGCUUCAUUUUAAAAAGCCAAUGACCAGUGGAAAUUGAAAAACAUUGUGCGACGCAAUUAAAAGCAUCAGACGGUGAUUUGACACAGUGAUCCUAAUUCAUUUAAAGAAUACCAAAUUAGUUAUUAAAUUACCAUGCAUUUUAAAUGCCUGUCACUCGUCGUUGCCAGUCUAUUGCUGGUGAUGACGUCUGCGAUGGCAGUCCAAUCUGAAGGAGACCGGGCCGUUUGCCCAGAGGAUUUCUCACCCUGCACUUGCGACUCGUCGGCCGGCGGCCAGAAUGUCGUUUGCGACCAGGUGUCCAUCCAAGAAAUCAAAUCCUUGUUCAGUCGAACAACAGCGGCCGAUCUUGCCUCGUUCAAACUGACCACCUCGACGUCCGAAGUCAGCGGGAUCCCGGCCGAUUUCCUGGGCAACACGCGGGCCAGCUCCAUCUCGAUCAACUGUUCGUCCACUUCGUACGAAUUGACGAUCGACGACGACGCUUUCGCCUCAUCGGCAAACUUCACCAAGACGGUGGCCAUCAGCGGAUGCUAUUUCGUUCAACAGCGCAAUUUCAACUUCUUGUCCGGUUUCGGCGACAUGACGGCCCUCAACAUCUUCAAUUCCAGGAAUUUCACCAGUUUCCAGGGUCUCCCGUCUCAACCCAACUUGUACUACAUUUCCAUCGUCAAUUGCCGUGGGUUUGACUCGCUGGUCAACGAGGGAACAAUCACUUUGUCCGGAUUGAAGAAUCUGUAUUUGUACGACAACGAAUUGAACGACCGUUCGGCCGCAACAGUUCUGAGUUCCUUGGCUUCGGCUUCGAUCGAAUCACUGGAGGAGUUGAGGUUGUACAACAACCGACUGAGGCGAAUCCCGGCACUGAUCCCGUCGUUCAGCAAACUGAAUCAGCUGAUGAUGGAGAACAACAACAUUGAUUUGAUUAUUACGCGCUCACUGUCUUUCUACAAUGACGUCAGUUAUCUCCAUUUGGGGAACAAUGCUAUCCAAUCCAUCGAGCCGAGCGCCUUCGGGGCUCACAGAUUCGGGACGGUUUAUCUGCACCAAAAUAAUUUGACUCGGUUCGAGUCUUACGUGUUCCAAACUAUGCUGGAAGGAAUGAUUCAAGCUGGAUACGGAAGUGUGUCCCUUUACGAAAAUCCGAUUGAUUGCGAUUGUCAUCUGGCUUGGCUCAUUCUCCACAAACCGGAACUGCUGGCGGUCGUUGACGGUGGACAGUGCUCCGAUUCAGUCAUGUUUACUGAUCUUAAUCCGGAUGCUUUCGUUGACUGCCCAGUAUUUACGUGUCCGGCAAACAUUGACGGCAAUUUCCCGAAUCCUUUAUCUUGUUCUUCCUAUUACGUGUGCAGCAACGGGAAUAAUGUCCUCGUCGAGUGUCCGGGUGGUCUCGUGUUUAAUCCCGCUUACCAGUUGUGUGAUUGGGCUUACAACGUGCCAACAUGUAACGCUUGAUCAAAACCCAAAACUUGCUUUAUUAAAAAAUACUGACAUCCUUUUGCCGUGAUUAAUCAAUAGUUGAUCAAUUAAGAAAUACUGUAGUUGAAAUGAAUAUUCAGAAUUAUUAUUGCCAAUAUUUUUCCUUAUCAAUAUUAUUACACAAGGUAAAAUUCUGAAACGAA